AUGAAAAUGCUUUGGAAACUGACGGAUAAUAUCAAGUACGAGGACUGCGAGGACCGUCACGACGGCACCAGCAACGGGACGGCGCGGUUGCCCCAGCUGGGCACUGUAGGUCAAUCUCCCUACACGAGCGCCCCGCCGCUGUCCCACACCCCCAAUGCCGACUUCCAGCCCCCCUACUUCCCCCCACCCUACCAGCCUAUCUACUCCCAGUCGCAAGAUCCUUACUCCCACGUCAACGACCACUACAGCCUGAACCCCCUGCACGCCCAGCCGCAGCCGCAGCACCCGGGCUGGCCCGGCCAGAGGCAGAGCCAGGAGUCUGGGCUCCUGCACACGCACCGGGGGCUGCCCCACCAGCUGUCGGGCCUGGAUCCCCGCAGGGACUACCGGCGGCACGAGGACCUGCUGCACGGCCCGCACGGGCUGGGCUCCGGCCUCGGGGACCUCCCGCUCCACUCCUUACCUCACGCCAUCGAGGACGUCCCGCAUGUAGAAGACCCGGGUAUUAACAUCCCAGAUCAAACUGUAAUUAAGAAAGGCCCCGUGUCCCUGUCCAAGUCCAACAGCAACGCCGUCUCCGCCAUCCCCAUUAACAAGGACAACCUCUUCGGUGGCGUCGUGAACCCCAACGAGGUCUUCUGUUCGGUUCCGGGUCGCCUCUCGCUCCUCAGCUCCACCUCGAAGUACAAGGUCACGGUGGCGGAAGUACAGCGGCGCCUCUCACCGCCCGAGUGUCUCAACGCCUCGCUGCUGGGCGGAGUGCUGCGGAGGGCGAAGUCUAAAAAUGGAGGAAGAUCUUUACGAGAAAAGUUGGACAAAAUAGGAUUAAAUCUGCCAGCAGGGAGACGCAAAGCUGCCAAUGUCACCCUGCUCACAUCACUAGUGGAGGGAGAAGCCGUCCACCUAGCCAGGGACUUUGGGUACGUGUGUGAAACCGAAUUUCCUGCCAAAGCAGUAGCUGAAUUUCUCAACCGACAACAUUCCGAUCCCAAUGAGCAAGUGACAAGAAAAAACAUGCUCCUGGCUACAAAACAGAUAUGCAAAGAGUUCACCGACCUGCUGGCCCAGGACCGAUCUCCCCUGGGGAACUCGCGGCCCAACCCCAUCCUGGAGCCGGGCAUCCAGAGCUGCUUGACCCACUUCAACCUCAUCUCCCACGGCUUCGGCAGCCCGGCGGUGUGCGCCGCGGUCACGGCCCUGCAGAACUAUCUCACCGAGGCCCUCAAGGCCAUGGACAAAAUGUACCUCAGCAACAACCCCAACAGCCACACGGACAACAGCGCCAAAAGCAGUGACAAAGAGGAGAAACACAGAAAGUGA